GACAGAUGGACUCAUAGGGCCUGCACGUAGGGCCUGCGGCAGACAACAUGUCCUUCAAGGCUCACUCCGAAGGACCCAUAACCAAGGACCACCUGCCUUCAAGCCAGGAGCGUCCCCCAAGGCCAAAGGCCAAUGCUGAAGCUGUCCACUUCCUCAGCUCCCUGAGGCUGGAGGAGCUGCAAAUGCUGUUCUUCUCUGAGACGCUGGUCAUGGUCUCGGACACCGGGGACCCUCGGGGAGAGCUGACGAUCGAGGUGCAGAGCGGGAAGUACAAGGACCAGCAGGGCCUCAUAUCCCACUGUCUCGUGGUGCAUGCCGGGAGCCAUGGCAUCUUGGAUAAAACCAUCUGUGGAAACUCUGUCCUGGGUAGAAUUCGGGCUUCCUCCUGCACGUCACUCUUUGUCUCCUCUAUUCCCAGGGUCUCUGUUCCCAGGACCCCGCCCUUUGACUUGUCUGGCUACCUCUCGUGGAAACUGGAGCCCUUAGAACAACACAGUCAUGAGUUCAUCAAGUUUCCCAUCCUCCCCAUGGAGCGGAAGACGAGUUUGCUGAAGAAAGACGACCAGUUGGCCAUGACCAGAAGUGUCAGGGAGGGUGAGGAAGUGAAGACCAGUGAGACAUCUUUUCCCUGGGACUCAAAUGAGGGCUUCAUCUCUGAGGCUGCCAACCUAGUGCUACUGCGGGUGAUGGCCUGGCGGCAGACGGUGCCUAGCAAUGCCCGCUUCCUGGCCCUGGACACCGAGGGCAAACUCUGCUGUUCCACCUAUCGAGCACUGGGCUUCCAGGCCAUCCAGGUGGGCCACCAGCAGGCCCAAGUAUUCAUCGUGGAGCAGACCGUGCACUCGGAGGAGGGCAUUCCCAUGUCCUGCCAGUUCUACCUGCUUUCUGAUGGGCACCUGGCGAAGAGAGUUCAGGUGGGCUCCCCGGGGUGCUGCGUUGUCACCAAGAUGCCCAUCUUGAGGGAGGAGGAUGAGAUUGAGCCUCCGCCCGUGUUCCACAAGAAGCCCCUGGUGUGGGAGGAGGACAUGGAGCUCUAUUCCAAGUUCCUGGACCGGAAGGAGCAGCUCCGGCUCCGCCACGCCAGCUACCUAGGGCAGCACCCCGACGCCCAGGCGCUCGUCUCCGACUUCCUGCUCUUCCUGCUCGUGCGCCAGCCCCAGGACGCAGUCACCUUCGCCGCAGAGUUCUUCGGCUGCUUCUCCGCCAACUUCUCGCCUUCCCCGAGCUUGCACUCCUCCCACCCCCUCAGCCCUUUCCGCCCGCUGGACCCCGAGGACCUCGAGGACCGCGCCGACUCCGGGGCGGGCUAGGCGGCCCAGGCACCUGCAGAAAGGG